GAGCGGCGGGGCCCGGCUGGCUGCAGCGGCGGGCGCGGAGCCCAGAGCGGGCGCGGCGGAGCAUCUUCGGGCACCGCGGCCCCGGUGCGGGCCGCCUCCCCCGCAGCUCCCGGCCUCAUAUGGGCGGUGCCGGCGCCCCGGCCCCCGCACGCCCGUCCCGCUCGGCGUUAGCAUGGGCACGGUGCUCUCCCUCUCCCCCGCCGCCUCCUCGGGCAAGGGCGGCGGCGGCGGGGGGCUGCUGGCCGAGAAGGCGCCGGGAAGGGUGCCGGGCAAGGGCGAGAGCCGGCUGAAGCGCCCCGGCGUGCUCAUCUCGGCACUAACCUGGAAGCGGCUGGUGGCCGCCUCGGCCAAGAAGAAGAAAAGCACUAAGAAGGUGACGCCGAAGCCCGGCGGCGGGGCCCCGGGGGGGGCCCCGGGCCAGCCCGACCCGCUGGUGGUGCAGCGCAACCGCGAGAACUUGCGCAAGUCGGUGGUGGGGCCGGCCGACGGUGCCAAGCAGGGCCCGCUGGCCGUGCCGGUGCCCACAGUGCCCUCGGCGCCGCAGGAGCUGCACCCGGGCUCCGGCGGGAGAAAGCCGCCGCCGCCACCGCCGCCGGCCGGCAGCCGCCCCCCGGGAUCUCCGCGCCGCGUGGUGGUGCAGGCGUCCACCGGCGAGCUGCUGCGCUGCUUGGGGGACUUCGUGUGCCGCCGCUGCUACCGCCUGAAGGAGCUGAGCCCCGGCGAACUCAUCUCAUGGUUUCGCAGCGUGGACCGCUCGCUGCUGCUGCAGGGCUGGCAGGACCAGGGCUUCAUCACCCCGGCCAACCUGGUGUUCGUCUACCUGCUGUGCCGGGAAGCGCUGCGGGGCGAAGACAUCGGGAGCCAGGCGGAGCUGCAGGCCUCCUUCCUCACCUGCCUCUAUCUCGCCUACUCCUACAUGGGCAACGAGAUCUCCUACCCGCUCAAGCCCUUCCUGGUUGAGGGAGACAAGGGGCGCUUCUGGGAGCGCUGCCUGGGCAUCAUCCAGCGCCUCAGCGCCAAGAUGCUGCGAAUCAACGCGGACCCGCACUACUUCACGCAACUCUUCCAGGACCUCAAGAGCGAGGGCGAGGGCGGAGACGGGUCCAAGCACUGGACGAUCAGCCUGGACCGUUAGGGAGGUACCAGGCCCCCGGCGCCGGGGGCGGAAGGGGCCGCGCACCGAGGGGCGGGGGAGGCGAAGGACUGUCGGAUUCCCCCCCCUGCCCCCGCAUCCUUCUCGCCUUCCCCCUUCCCCGGCCGCCAGUUCCACGGAGACGCUGCUUGGACCCUCCCUGCUCCGGAUCCGGCUGCCCUCCUCCCCCGCCUCCGACCUCAGCUGGGGGCUGCGCUCCGGAACACCGAGGCGGCGGCGAAGACCGGGGAGGGGGAGUGCUGCCGCUCCCACCCUCGCGAAGGGGGGAGGGGGAGGCUGCGGAGGAGCGGAGGCUCCUGGAUGCGCUUUCUUUAGAAAAAAGGGGUGAAAAAAUGGGUGUGGGGGCCGGGGGCAGGAGGGCUGUGGGGGGAUUUUGGGGUGUGGCGGGCGCCCCAGGUAGAGGGUGCAUGUGAAGGAGCCCCUCGGUGCGGGCCCCGCGCCUCCGCAGCGCUCCCGGCGCUGUCCGUGGUGCUGGAGCUGCCGCGCCUGAGCAGACAAAGGCGGGGAUUGCGGGCAAGGCUGGGGGGGAUUCUGUGGGCGAUGCCUUCCUCCCCCCCGCCCACGUGUGGUAUAUGGACCCCCUCCCCCAGCGUGGGCGACUCUGCCCCUCACCCCGCGGGAACCGCCCGCAUACCCCUUUGUUCGAGCCGCUGGGGGGGGCGCCCACGCCCCUCCCCUCGGGUAAAUCCCCCCCCGUGUGCCCCCCGAAACAGGGAGUGAUGCCUCCCCCUCCUUGGCUUGCUGCAGGAAGAGGGGUCCGUGCCAGAGGUGGCCUAGGGUGUCCAAGCGGAGGGGGUCUGCUAUGGGAGGUGGGGGGGGGGGGUCUCCUCUCCUCUUGCUUUGCUUCACUGGAGAAUAAAGAGGUGGCCUGGA